UGAUCUCUAAUUCUCUAUUGUAUCGCAUUUUAGUCUGUAGCGAUUUCUUAAAGACGAAGGUACAUUCUUGGUUAUACUUCAUUUGAGCAAGGAAUUGCGACAGCUUCACUGCCACGAGCAAAGAAUUGCGAGAAAGGGAUUUGGAUUACGGAAGAAGUAGUUGUAGUCGGUGAGUGGCGAUUGAGAAGGAACAAAUGCAAUGAGAUUUGGUGCGAGAGGAGCUACGGGAAAGAACAGAACAACGAAGCUGGUUUUUAUAUGCGCGGGGCUGUUAGGAGCCGCGCUCGUAGCAGAUCUACUGUGGGCUUCGUCGUCUUCCUCUGCUAACUGGGCUGUCUCCCGCACCAAUGCCGUUAUCUUCCCAAAUCAGACACACAUAUCGGAGGGGGCAGUUAAGAAGAGUAAAAAAGAUGUUUCUGAGAGGAAAUUAUCAGCUACCUUUGCUGAUUUGCCUGCUCCAGAGUUAAAAUGGGAGAAGAUGCCCCCAGCCCCAGUGCCUCGUCUUGAUGGUGCUGCAAUACAAAUCAAGAACCUUCUUUAUGUCUUUGCUGGAUAUGGAACCAUUGAUUUUGUUCAUUCUCACGUUGACAUAUACAAUUUUACGGAUAACACUUGGGGAGGGAGGUUUGAUAUGCCCAAAGAUAUGGCCCAUUCACAUUUAGGUAUGGUAACAGAUGGGAGAUACAUUUAUGUUGUCACUGGACAGUAUGGUCCCCAAUGUAGAGGCCCUACUGCACACACAUUUGUGCUGGACACUGUGACAAAGCAAUGGCAGGAUAUGCCUCCCCUGCCAGUACCAAGGUAUGCACCUGCAACAACGCUUUGGAGAGGCCGGCUCCAUGUGAUGGGUGGAAGCAAAGAGAAUCGGCACACUCCAGCACUAGAGCAUUGGAGUAUUGCAGUUGAAGAUGGAAAAGUCUUAGAAACAGAGUGGCGCUCUGAGAUACCUAUUCCUCGUGGUGGGCCUCAUAGGACUUGUGUUGUAUUUGAUGAUCGACUUUAUGUCUUUGGUGGUCAAGAGGGUGAUUUUAUGGCCAAACCUGGAUCACCAAUUUUCAAAUGCUCACGUCGGAAUGAGGUUGUAUAUGAUCAUGUUUACAUGUUAGAUGAUGAUAUGAAGUGGAAAACUUUGCCUCCAAUGCCUAAACCAGAUUCCCAUAUAGAGUUCGCUUGGGCAAUCGUUAACAAUUCAAUUUUCAUUGCUGGAGGAACAACUGAGAAGCACCCAGAAACCAAAAGGAUGAUUCUUGUUGGUGAAAUAUUCGAGUUUCAGUUCAACACACAGAAAUGGAAAGUCGUUGGAAAACUUCCUUUCCGCGUGAAAACCACUCUUGUUGGGUUCUGGGAUGGAUGGUUGUACUUCACAUCAGGGCAACGCGACAAGGGGCCUGAUGAUCCAGCACCAAAAAAGGUCAUUGGGGAGAUGUGGAGAACUAAGUUGGAGUUAUGAGUUCUUCUCAUCUGUUUCUAGUCAGCCGUAAUCAUAAUCAAUUCUUCAAAUAUAUUCAUUUUGAUUUUUUUUUAAAGUUCUUUUCAAAAAUUUUGUACAUUUGAAUGGAAAUAGAGUUUAAACCUUUGACCUCCUACAUAGAUUUGCUAUCUCAUGCCACAGGUUUGUGCCUUGACACCAUAAUGUCUGACUUUGAUGUAUAUUCAUUCAAAGAAAUUCUUUCCUUUUUGACUA